AUGGCUUCCGUUGUUCAAAAUAUUAUUGACAAGAUUCAGGGCAAGGGCGUGGAUGCCCCCCGCGAACCCUCCGACGAAGAGCUUCAACAACUUCGAAAAAAGUACGAAACUGCCAACCAAGAACAUGUUUUCAAAUUCUACGAUGACCUCAAAUCAGCUGAAAAGGCCCAACUCUUUCAACAACUUUCCACUUUCAACCCCAAUCGCAUCAAUGAGCUUGCCGAGAUCGCUCUCCACCCUCCCCAGACGUCCUCCGACGGCCCUGCCAAACUCGAACCCCUGCCCACAUCCGCUACAGCUUCGAUACUAGACUCAGAUCAGAAGGAUCUCGAGAAAUAUUAUAAUGAGGGCUUGAGGUUGGUUUCAGAGAACAAGGUUGCUGUGGUGCUCAUGGCUGGUGGACAGGGCACCCGUCUCGGUAGCUCUGCUCCCAAGGGAUGCUUUGAUAUCGGCCUUCCAAGCCACAAGUCUUUGUUCCAGCUACAAGCAGAGCGUAUUGCAAAGAUUCAGAGUUUAGCUGAGAAGACACAUAACAAGAAGGCUAUCGUCCCGUGGUAUGUCAUGACCAGUGGUCCGACAAAUAAGCCUACCGAGGAAUUCUUCCAAAAAAACAACUACUUUGGCCUAGACAAGGCCAAUGUCAAAUUCUUCCAGCAGGGUGUCUUGCCCUGUAUCUCAAAUGACGGAAAGAUUCUGUUAGAGAGUAAAGCCAAGGUCGCCGUUGCACCGGAUGGUAACGGUGGUAUAUACCAAGCACUCAUUACAUCUGGCGUGCGAGAGGAUAUGCGAAAGAGGGGUGUUGAGCACGUUCACACUUACUGUGUGGACAACUGCCUCGCCAAGGUUGCCGAUCCCGUGUUCAUUGGGUUUGCUGCCGCCAAGGACGUUGAUGUCGCCACCAAGGUCGUCCGGAAACGUAAUGCUACAGAGUCAGUGGGCUUGAUUCUCCAGAAGAAUGGCAAGCCCGAUGUCGUAGAGUACUCGGAGAUUGACAAAGAAACGGCCGAAGCCAAAGAUCCAGAACACCCCGAGAUGCUCAAGUUCCGUGCGGCCAACAUUGUCAACCACUACUACUCCUUCCGAUUUUUGGAAGCGAUUGAAUCUUGGGUUCACAAGCUUCCUCACCACGUUGCGCGCAAGAAGAUUCCUUGUAUCGACCUGGAGAGUGGAGACUCCGUGAAGCCUGAGAAGCCUAAUGGGAUCAAAUUGGAACAAUUCGUCUUUGACGUGUUCCCCUUGACCCCUCUCGAGAAAUUCGCGUGCAUUGAGGUCCGCCGUGAAGACGAAUUCUCUCCGCUCAAGAAUGCUCGAGGAACGGGACAAGACGACCCAGAUACCAGCAAGCAGGAUAUUAUGCUUCAAGGAAAGCGCUGGGUCGAGCAAGCCGGAGCUGUUGUUGUCACUGAAGACGACAAUGCCGGCGUUGAGGUGUCUCCUCUCAUCAGCUAUGGCGGCGAAGGAUUAGACUUCGUGAAAUCGAAAGAGAUCCGAGCACCAGCAGUGAUCGAAAAGGAGGGCGAUGCAUAA